AAGUCUCCUCUCCUCCACUUUCAUUCCUCCUACUAGCUCCUCUUCUUCUUCUCUAUAUCUUGCAGAAUCUUCUGAAGGUAAUCAGACAUGGGAGAUGCAUUUACAGAAGAGCAGAUUGUUGAGUUCAGAGAAGCAUUUUGUCUCAUCGACAAGGACUCCGAUGGGUGCAUCACCAUGACAGAACUGGCCACAGCAAUUGAAUCAUUGCAUGGACAUGCUACAAAGGAUGAGAUUCAAGAAAUGAUUAAUGAAGUUGAUUUUGAUGGGAAUGGCACCAUCGACUUCGAGGAGUUCUUAGGUGUUAUGGCAGGAAAAGUAAAGGACAAUUUUGCUGAGGAGCUAAAAGAAGCUUUCAAGGUCUUUGACAGAGAUCAAGAUGGGUAUAUAUCAGCUAGUGAGCUGAGGCAAGUGAUGAUAAAUUUGGGAGAGAAACUGACAGAUGAAGAGGCAGAGCAGAUGAUAAGAGAGGCUGAUGUGGAUGGUGAUGGUCUUGUUGGCUAUGAAGAAUUUGUUAGAAUGAUGAUGAUGACUUCAUAACUUGUUACUACAUAGUAAUGCCUAUCCUCAAUAUUUUGUUUGUUGUUGUAACAAAUAACGCAUUUCUUUUUAUCUUAAUUAUUAAAAAUGGGAAAUUUUAUUUCGA